AUGGGUAGGCUGCCGGGGCGCGUGCUCGUGGCGACGGGUACGGCCGCCAUCUUCGGCGGCUUCUUGGGGUUCCUCAUCUACAGCGCCGCCUGGUCUCCCGCCGUCCGCGCGGCGUCGCCGUUGGCGGAGUCUUUGGAGUCCGAGGUCUUGACCAACAUACAGCGCCAGCUGGAACGCACGUUCGACCAGGUGAGGAUCGCGGUGGCCGGCUGCGCUCUGGCCGUGGGCAUGGCUCUGAACGGCAGCGCCGAGUCCUGGGCCGCGAUCGAGUCCAACCGUCCGGUCCUGUGGGGGACCCUCAGGGGGAACGCCGUGUUCGAGAGCGCCGGCUUCCAGGCCGAAUCGAACCUGUCGGUCAGCUUCGUGCGGCCCGCGGAAGGAGGAGCCGACCGCGAGUAUCGAAGGACGUCCGCGGGGUCGACGGUGCUCGCUGCGUAUCUGGUGACGGACGAUUGGGGUGCGUCCGUGCCGGACCCCUCGGCCGACCUGACGACUCCUCCUCUGACGGACCGGCCCUGGUACGUCCGUGCGGUGGCGCAGCGCGGGGCGGUCGUCUUCUCCGGCUUCGUCAGCGUGUUGGGCGUACCGACCGUGACGGCCAGCACCGCCGUGAGCGGCCCGUCUGGGGUGCUGCUCGGAGCCGUGAACGGAGGUCUCUCGGUGCGGCGGCGCUUGACGCAGGGGUUGAACGCGACGGGGGAUUACGUCGUCUUCGUCGUGGGCGGGCCCAACGCGACGCUGGUCGCCUCGAGCAGCGUGUCGGGAGGAGGGGGACAGCUCGCGGCGGCAGUGGACAACCCGGAUCCGCUGGUCUCGGGCAGCGCCGGGCAGCUCGGGAGCGCUCUCACGGACGGGACCGAACACCGCAGGGUCAUAGUGGUGCGGGGGCGGCGGUACGUGGCGGGGGUGCGCAGGCUGAGAGGCAUGUUCGACGUCACGGUCGUCGUCCUGAUGCCGUGGGACCGCUUCUUCGCGCAGCUGGAGAGCAAUAGGCGCGUCACCAUCGGGACUUUCUCGAGCGCGGUGGUCCUCUGGGUCCUCUUCGCGGGCGUGAUCGCCGCGUGCUUCGUGAGGCUCUGGAGGCGCGAGCAGGGCCACCUCGUCGCGGCCAAUCACGACGCCGCCAUGCAUCGCAAGAAGCAGCAGCUGCUGGCCACCCUCAGCCACGAGCUGCGGACCCCCAUGGCCGUCGUGAUGGGCGUCCUGGAGGAGAUGCAGGACGAGGUCGGCGGCGCGUUCGACGAGAAUAUUCGCCUGCUCAGGAGGACGUCGGCCGACAUGCUGCACCUGCUGGACGGCAUCCUGAUGCUGGCCAAGAACGAGGCGGGGAAGUCUAACGUGGAGUCGCAGCCUUUCGAUCUGCGGGCGGAGCUGGAGCAGGCGCUGGCGGGGAUCGCCCCCCUCGUGAAUCCGCGAGGGGUGCGGACGUGGCUGCAAUAUGGGGACGGGCUGUCCGACGCCGUGAUCGGAGACAGGCGCAAACUGAGACAGGUCGUGGACAACCUGCUGAGCAACGCCGCCAAGUUCACGGAGAGCGGGGAGAUCGGCGUCGUGGCACGGCGGGGUGCGGAGGGGCCGGACGAUUCGAGGGGGGACAACGUCCGCAUGGUCCACGGCGGGACGGGCCUGGGUCUGAGUAUAGUUCGGUCCCUGUGCCGACUGAUGGGGGGAGACAUCGAGAUCGCCGACAGCGGCCCCGGCGGGACGACCUUUAACUUUUGGGUCCGACUCGUGCUCGCUGGCUCCUUCAGGGCGCAGGAUGUCGUCGUCGGCGCGAUCGAUGGGCCGGUGCCGCUGAAGGGGCUGCACGUCCUGGUCGCCGAGGACACUCGCCUGAUAAGCAGGCUUAUAGAACGCCUUCUGACCAAGGAAGGUGCCGAGGCGACCAUGACCGCAGAUGGUCUGGAGCUGCUAGAGGCGUACGAGGCGCGGCCCGGCGAGUACUCUGCUAUUCUGAUGGACCUGCAGAUGCCGCGCAUGGACGGAUACGAGGCGACGCGGCGCAUCAGAAAGUCGGAGAGCGAAGGGGUGCUCCCGGGCAGGAUUCCCAUCAUAGCCCUGACGGCACAUGCGAUGGAGUCGGAUGAACGGGAGUGCCGCAGGGUCGGCAUGUCGUUCUAUAUAAGGAAGCCGUUGGAUCGGGGCACAUCGUUUCGACUCUUUUGCGAUGCACCCGUACCCCCAACCCUCGGCAUAUGCCCCCGGAGGGAAUCGCAACCCCCCCGUGUAAAUCAACAUUUGCGCCCAAAAUGUCACCCGUACCGGGCGCUCAGUCGGACGGACAAUGAAUAG